CCCCGCGCCGCGCCGCGUAGCCGCCGCUCGGCUUUUGUGCCGGGGCGCCCGGGGGGACGCGCAGCCGGGGAGCCGCUGGCCGGCCGCGGCGGCAGCAUGGACGUGACCAUUUCGGAGCUCUUGGAGCUCUUUCUGCAGAGCCCGCUGGUGACCUGGGUGAAAACAUUUGGUCCGUUUGGAAGUGAAAAUGAAGACAACCUGACCAUGUACAUGGAUUUGGUGGAUGGCAUCUUUUUAAAUAAAAUCAUGUUGCAAAUAGACCCCAGGCCAUCAAAUCAGCGGAUCAACAAACAUGUCAACAAUGAUGUCAACCUUCGGAUACAAAACCUUACCAUUUUGGUUAGGAGCAUAAAAACCUACUACCAGGAAGUCCUCCAGCAGCUGAUUGUAAUGAAUUUACCCAAUGUUUUGAUGAUUGGCAAGGAUCCCCUUUCGGGUAAAAGUAUGGACGAAAUUAAGAAGGUCCUUUUAUUGGUUCUGGGCUGUGCUGUUCAGUGUGAAAGGAAAGAGGAGUUUAUUGAAAAAAUCAAACAGCUGGACAUCGAAACCCAGGCUGGGAUUGUGGCACACAUCCAAGAGGUGACCCAGAACCAAGAAAAUGUGUUUGACUUGCAAUGGUUGGAAUUGCCAGACAUGGCCCCGGAGGAGCUGGAGUCUCUCUCCAGGAACAUGGUGUUUCACCUCAAACGGCUAAUCGAUGAGAGAGAUGAAUGUACAGAAUUAAUAGUGGACCUCACCCAGGAAAGAGAUUAUCUGCAGUCUCAGCAGCCACCCAGCCCCCUGAAACUGUCCAGCACUGACUCCACCCCCAGCCCAACCAGUAGCCUCUCUAGCGAGGACAAGCAGCAUCUGGCGGUAGAACUCGCUGACACCAAGGCCAAGCUUCGGAGGGUCCGGCAAGAAUUGGAGGAGAAAUCAGAGCAGCUCGUUGAUGCCCGGCAUGAAAUUGAUCAGCUGGUGCUGGAACUGCAGAAAAUCAAGCAGGAGAAUAUCCACCUUGGGGCUGAUGCCCGGUCUGCACGAGCCUACCGGGAUGAACUGGAUUCUUUGAGAGAGCGGGCCAACAGAGUGGAGAGGCUUGAAAUGGAAUUGGUCCGGUGUAAGGAAAAACUGCAUGAUGUGGAUUUCUAUAAAGCUCGGAUGGAGGAGUUGAGAGAAGAUAAUAUUAUCCUAAUUGAAACCAAGGCAAUGUUGGAAGAACAGCUGACAGCCGCUCGAGCCCGAGGGGAUAAAGUUCAUGAGCUGGAAAAGGAAAACUUGCAACUGAAAUCUAAACUUCACGAUGUGGAGCUGGACAGGGACACAGAUAAGAAGCGAAUCGAAGAGCUUUUGGAAGAAAACAUGGUCCUUGAGAUUGCCCAGAAGCAGAGUAUGAAUGAAUCUGCCCACCUGGGCUGGGAAUUAGAACAACUGUCCAAGAAUGCUGACCUUUCAGAUGCAUCCAGGAAGUCAUUUGUGUUUGAGUUGAAUGAGUGUGCCUCGAGUCGAAUUUUGAAGCUGGAGAAAGAGAACCAAAGCCUUCAGAACACCAUCCAGGAGCUGAGGGAUGCCUCCCUGAUUGCAGAAGAGAGCAAAUUAAAAUUUGUGGAGCUUGAAACAGAGAACCACCAACUGAGCAGAAAGAUUGAAAAGUUACAGACUCAGCUUGAAAGAGAGAAGCAGAGCAGCCAGGACCUGGAGACCCUCAGUGAGGAGCUGAUCAAAGAGAAAGAACAGCUUCAGAGUGACAUGGAAUCGCAGAAGGCAGAUAAAGACAGACAGAUAAAAGACCUUGAACAAGAAAAGGAUCAUCUCAAUCAGCUAGUUUGGUCCUUGAGAGAAAGAUCUCAGGUCAGUAAUGAGGCUCGAGUAAAAGAUAUUGAAAGAGAAAACAAAUCUCUGCAUGAAACCAUUACGGAGAUGAGCAGCAAACUCAGCAAGACUGAGUUUGAAAAGAAGCAGCUGCACAAGGAUUUUGAACACGUCAAAGAGAAGGUAGAACGGGUGGAGACGAUGGAGAAGGAACUUCACCGCCUUGAAAGAGAGAAUGAAAAGUUGACCCAGAAGAUGACAUCCAUGAAGUUGGUUACAGAGAAAGUCGAAGCCCUGGAGAAUGAAAACGGGGGGCUGGAGCUGGAGAACAGGAAGCUGAGGAAGUCGCUGGAUACCUUACAGAACGUCUCUGUCCGACUAGAGGGCUUGGAGAAUGACAACAAACAGCUGGAUGAGGAGAACUUGGAGCUGCGGAAGAUGCUUGAGACGAUGAGGUUCACGAGUGCCAAGAUGGCCCAGAUCGAGAUAGAGAACAAGGAACUAGAGAAGGAGAAGGAAGAACUCCAAAAAACUAUAGAACUGUUGAAGGCCCUGAGCAAAAAGUCCGAGAGACUAGAGCUUAGUUACCAGGGACUGAAUGCUGAGAAUCUGAGGCUUCAACAGAUUCUGGAAUCCAGCAACAAGAAGACUCAGGAGCUGGAGAAGGAACUAGAGGAGGUAGAAACACAAAACCAGACCUUGCAUCGGAAUCUGGAAGAGCUGAGGAUUACGAAUAAGCAGAUGGAACGGUUUGAAAAGGAUAAGAAGAUGCUGGAGCAGGAAGUGUCCCAGUUAGAGAAAGAUAAAAAAAUGCUGGAUAAGGAGACGAAGCGAUUGUGGCAACAGGUAGAACUCAAGGACGCCAUUUUGGAUGAUAAUGUCGUGAAAUUAGCGGCUGCUGAAAAAGAAAACAAAACACUAGAAAAAGAAAUUGCUCGGUUUAAGGACUCCUCCAGUAAGCUGAAAGAACUAGAAAAGGAAAAUAAGGACCUUAACAAGCAAGUCACCAUUCACAUGAGAACCCUCACAACACUAAGAGAGGACUUGGUCCUUGAGAAACUGAAGAGCCAGCAAUUGUCCAGUGAGCGGGACAAGCUGAGCCAAGAAUUGGAAAAAGUUGGAUUGAAUAAAGGCCUCCUGCUGGAGGAUGAUAACAGCAAUGAUGACAAAAAAUAUAAACUGCUGGAAAACAGAAAUGAAUCAGCUCUCAGAACAACACUAGCCAUGAAAGAAGAUAAGAUUGUAUUCUUACAGGCCCAGAUGGAGGGGACUGUUAAUUUAAAUCAUCAGCUACAAAAUGAACUAAAAAUGAUGAAGAAGGAAUAUGAAGUACUCAGGCAGAGCCAAGAAGAAGGGAAACAGUUGCAGAACUCUUGUAAACAUCCAGGGGGCAAAGUAGGCCUCAACCACCAAGUCAAAGACAACUGGGAAACUGGCCACCGAGAUGCCACGAUGGAGCUGUUGAAAGUCAAGGACAGAGCCAUAGACUUGGAAAGGAAUAAUGCCGCCCUGCAUGCGGAGAAGCAGCUGCUUAAGGAACAGCUCAAGCAUUUGGAGACACAGAAUGUGGCCUUCAGUAACCAGGUCUUGACGCUUCAGAAGCAAAGCGCCUUCCUCCAGGAGCACAAUACGGUCUUGCAGACACAGACAGCCCAACUGCAGGUGGAGAACUCAACCCUGAGCUCUCAGAACUCUUCUCUCACGGCCCAGUACACUUUGCUCCAAAACCAGCAGGUGAUGAAGGAGAAUGAGAAUGAAAACUUGCUGAAGCAGAAGGAGCAGAUCAUGACGGCCUAUGAGUCACUGCUUCAGGACCACGAACACCUGAGCUCCCUGCAUGAGCGGCAGUCCACCGAGUAUGAGAUGCUCAUCCAUCAGCACAGCUGCCUGAAGACCCUGCACAAGAAUCUGGAGGUGGAACACAAGGAGCUGGGGGACAGGUAUGGCAGUGUGAUGAAACAAAAAUCAGAGUUAGAAGAGCUGGAGAGCAUUUUGAAGGCAGAGAGAGAAGCUUUGCAGCAGGAAAAGAGAACAAACGUGAUCGCGGCGGGAGAAAACCAGAGGUUAAGAGAAGAGCUGGACAGGGUGAAUUUCCUACAUGGCCAGCUGAAGGGGGAAUAUGAAGAACUUCACUCCCACACAAAGGAACUGAAGACCUCCCUCAACAACUCCCAGCUAGAACUGAACCGCUGGCAAGCCCGGUUUGAUGAAUUAAAAGAGCAGCAUCAAAACAUGGACAUCUCCAUGACCAAAUUGGAUAACCACUGUGAACUGCUUGCCCGUCUCAAGGGGAACCUGGAAGAAGAGAAUCAUCAUCUCCUGAGCCAGAUCCAGAUGCUAAGCCAGCAGAACCAGCUUCUUCUGGAGCAGAACAUGGAGAACAAAGAGCAAUUCCAUGAGGAGCAGAAGCAGUACAUAGACAAACUGAAUGCCUUAAGAAGACAUAAAGAAAAAUUAGAAGAAAAAAUUAUGGAUCAGUAUAAAUUCUAUGAUCCUGCUCCAAAGAAGAAAAACCACUGGAUUGGAGCCAAAGCCUUAGUCAAACUCAUCAAACCAAAGAAAGAGGGUUCAAAAGAACGCCCCAAAUCAACCGCUGACAGCCCUCCCUGGCAGCUGGAAUCCGCAGAUCCUGCUUCUCCAUCUGCUUCCCAACAUCUCAAAUUACAGCAGGAGACUACAGAUAACACUGCUGCUACAGGUUCAAACAGCCAGGAUGAGAGGGAUGCUCACAAUGGACCCGGGGGGAAAGCAGCAACACGCAAAAAGAGUCCCUUCUUGAGAAGCAAAAGCAAGGACAAAGAAAAGUCUCCAACAGCUCUCUCUAAACGCCUGCGAUUCUGGUCUUCCUCCGACAUCCCACCCUCUCCUAACGAGUCUGUCUCUUUCUCGGCCAUUGGAGAUUUCUAAUACCACCUUUUCUUUUAUCAUUUUUCUUCAUCACGUACCUUCAUUCAUCUCUGGAUUUUCAAAAGCAAAAACAGUAGUGUAAAUGCUAAAUGACCAACAGUGGGCAUGAGUGACCCUCCCUUCCCCUUUGAUACCAAUGCUAUAAGGUACUCAAUCUCAAACCCAAGCCAAGUUUUAAACUAGCCAAUAUGGAUUGUGAUUCCAAAGUAGAAGAGUUCUUAUACCUGCUGGA